GAGAGAGAGUGAAAGAGAAAGAGAGAGAGAAACAGAGUUAAAGAAACACUAAGCUCGAGAUUCUAACACCAUUUGAAAACAUGAAAGAAAAAUGGCAGCUCGAGAUCCAAACCAUAUAACACAGCAGGGGAAAACAACAACAACAACAACAACAAAAAAAAAAAACAGACAAAUAAAACAUUAAUCAACCUCAGUCUCUAAAAACGCCCACAAAACUCACCCUUAUUUCUUAGGGGAAAACCCACGCCCGUGAGAACCGAAGGCAGACACGAAGGAAAUAUUUACCUUACGAUUGUCUCCUUUCCCACGGUCGGACUCACGCGCGUCGCCAAGGGGUUAUAGGCUGUUGAAGAGUCUCCUUUUCGCCGUCUUGGUGACCCAGUCAUGACUCUGAGACUUCGCGAGGCGGCUGCGGUGCUCGUGCUGCUGUGGGCGGCGGCACUGACGGAGGGGCGGCCGGGGGAGGUUGGGCCCGGAAGGCACACGAGGGGCGCCGGCGAGGGGGAACUUGACCUGUGUCCUCUGUCGUGGGAUAUCUACCCUUGCUCUUGCACUUGGGACAUGGACCUGGGCCAACCCGAUCUCUAUUGCCCCCACAUUGAGAGUCUGCAACAGCUGCAAGAUAUAUUCACGACGGCCUUGUUCCCAGCCAAGAGGUUCUGGAGGAUCCGGAUCUCAGGGGCGCCCCUCGGAGACCUGCCGGAGGACCUCUUCCAGGAUAUCCAGUUCGACGAAAUCCACAUCAACGCGUGCAACGUGACCUCCGUCCACCCCGGCGCCUUCCGAGCCUCGAAGCCCAACAUGGACACGAUGGAAAUGUAUUCGAACCUCCUGACGGACGAGACUUUUCCCUGGGAGACUUUGGGCGAGUACCCUAAGCUGUGGCGCGUCCGUCUCGACCACAACCUCUUCACGUCCUUCCCCCAGCUGAUGUCCGACGCCCUCGAGGACAUCAACCUCUGGCAGAACCCCAUCACGACCUUCACGCGAGAGUCCUUCGAAGGGGCGCCCUAACCUCAGGAUUAUCAAUGUGAGUCCCGGCGUAGAGGGAUUCCCGGAAGACGCGUUUCAGGCCCUUGAGAACCUGGAGGAGCUUCACCUGAGUAACAACCUCUUGGGGGAUCUCCAUCGAGGCCAAAUCGCCCUCAACUCGGAGAAGUUCGCGUAUC